AUGGUGUCCAAGCUCCUUGCCUUUGCGUCGUGUUCGCUCGCCUUCGCGAAGUCCAUGGCCUACAGCAUGAAGGUCCGUGAGGCCAUACUCGCAGCGCCUGAGGGUUUCAACAACCCAAAUGGGCUAAUCGAGGCGCUGUACGCUGUCAGCUCACCGGAUAACCCGUCCUAUGGGCAGCAUCUCAGUAAGGAAGAGGUCGAACAGUUUGUCACGCCGACUGCACAGACCUCCGAUGCCAUCAAGAACUGGCUCGCUCAGGCUGGCGUGAAUGCGACCCCCAUCUCGCCUGCCGGCGACUGGCUCAGCAUCACUGUCCCUGUCGGUCAGGCGAAUGAGCUGUUCGACGCCGACUUUACCCUCUUCACCCACUCCAGGACCGGCAAAAAUAUAACGCGUACCUUGAAGUACUCGAUUGCCGCCGAUCUCGAGGAGCACAUCGACGCCUGUCACAGAUUCUUAGACCCAACACCCCUUCAUCCCGUCAUCUCGACACCGUCUGGCCUCGAGCGCCGCGCCAUUGAGGACUUGACGUCUUGCUCAACUGAGGAGAUCACACCCGCCUGUAUCGAGUCUCUGUACGACAUCCCCACCGCCAAGGCGACUCAGAGCUCCAACCACCUCGCUGUCAGUGGCUUCGACGAGCAAUUUGCCAACGAGGCUGAUCUCGCGACCUUCGCCCUUCAGACUAUUGAUGGCGGUAGCAACCCACAGAACAGGAGCGAGACCGGCGUUGAGGCGAAUCUUGACACCCAGUACGCUAUCAGCGUCAGCCAAGGCGUGCCAACCACAUUCAUCUCUGUUGGCGAAAACAAUCACGACGGUCCCGAACUUAGCGGUUUCCUGGACAUCAUACUCUUCCUCCUCGGCGAGUCCAACCCGCCGCAAGUCCUGACAACCAGCUACGGCGGCAACGAGAACAUGGUCUCUCGCUUACUCACUGCCAAACUUUGUAAUGCUUACGCUCAACUCGGCGCCCGUGGUGUCUCCAUCCUCUUUGCCUCUGGUGACGGCGGUGUCUCCGGCGGGCAGCCUCAAAGCUGCUCUAAGUUCAUCCCUACUUUCCCGGCUGGAUGCCCCUUCAUCACCUCCGUUGGCGCCACCCAGCUCAUCUCGUCGUCCGGCGGCGAGACCGCUGGAACGUUAGACGACAUCGGCGCCUCUUCCGCUGGCGGCUUCUCCAACCAUUUUGCCACGCCGUCAUACCAGGCCUCUGACGUCUCGUCCUACCUCUCCUCCAUUGGCUCGACGAACAGCGGCCUGUUCAACGCUUCGGGACGCGGGUACCCGGAUGUCGCGGCUAUCGGGGUGAACGUUACCAUCGUCGUUAACGGCACACUUGGAACAGUUGGCGGCACGAGCUGUUCGAGCCCCAUCUUUGCGGGAAUGAUUGCGCUCAUCAACGACGCGCUCAUCGCCGCCAACAAGAGCACGCUCGGCUUCCUCAACCCACUUCUGUACGCGAAUCCUAGUGCGUUCAAUGACAUCACGACCGGCAGCAACCCUGGGUGCAACACGAGCGGCUUCCCGGCUCUUAAGGGCUGGGACCCUGUUACUGGCCUGGGCACCCCGAAAUUUACGGCGCUGAAGGCUGUGGCUCUGAAUGCAGCUGGGGUUCCAGACCCCUCAUUACAAACGGAUGAUACGACGCAGGGUUAAAUUUCUCUGUAGACUACUUAUUUCGAGUCUUUGCAGUUAUUCCAAGAAUGGCAGACACCCGCCAGCGAAUUUUCAAAACCCAGAGCUCGAGAAUUCCGCGGGAAGCAUCAGGGGAAAAUGACUUGG